CAUUCGUGGUUACAAAGCCGCGGACGUCUCUUGUUCUUUCCUCUGAUUCGAGCUUCAAAUUAAUUCGAUUUACCGAGCGAUUUACAUUUACUGUGCCACUCGGUGCCGCUCAAAUUGAACGAGAAUGAGAUAUGUGGUAAGGAUUAGUUUGACGGUGUGCCUACUGGUAGGCCUAUCAGUGAUCCCUGAAUUGUCAGCUUACAACCUCCUGUUCUUGUCGCCGAUUACGACUCCCAGUCACAGCAAUUUCUUCAAGCCGGUGGUGAAGGCGAUGGUCGAUCGCGGCCACUUUGUUACCUACUACAGCGGAUUAAAACACAACAACCAGCAAAUGGCGACUAAUAAUCAAACGAUCCAUUUCCGUCCAUUGAGCAGCUCGCCAGUGCUGCACAAGAUCAGCACCGAUCACCAAGUGGAUUUCAACAUUCGAGACAAACCGUUUCUGUUUCUCUCGCAACUCCCACAGCGGAUGGAGAACUAUUGCAACACAAUCUACAACGAUCCGGCCUUUCAGCAAUUAAUCAACACGACCGAAAAGUUCGAUCUCAUCGUCAUCGAGGGCUACUUGAACGAUUGCGUUCUGCCGCUGGUGCGAAUCCUCGACGUGCCGUUCAUCUACAUGAGCGGCGUUGCCCCAAUGCCGUGGCUGCUCAACGCCAUCGGAUCGCCACUGGCCACCGAUCACGUUCCCAAUGUCGUUCACAGCUUCACUGACGAGAUGAAUUUCUGGCAACGAACAGCCAAUUCCGUUUCCUCUAUAAUAGGUGGGGUUUACCUUCGUCAUUGGUUCGUUAUGCCCGUGGUGGAUCGGAUGGCUCAGAAAAUGUUGGGCAAAAACCUGCCCGCCAUUGAAGAGAUUGAACGUCGUUACCUGAGUUUAUUGAUUGUCAACACUCAUUCCAGCAUCAAUUAUCAGAUGCCAUUGUCACCGGCCAUCAUCCAAGCCGGCGGAUUGCACUGCGUCCCCCCUAAAACGUUGCCGGAAGAGCUGGAAUCGUUUGUCGACGGUUCCGGUGAUGCUGGAUUCAUUAUCGUCAGUUUUGGCUCAGUCCUAAAAGGCGCCAACAUGCCGAACAACUUCCGCCGCAUAUUUUUGUCCGCAUUCGCUCGGUUACCACAGAGGGUUCUGUGGAAAUGGGAAGAUCAACCCGGGGAAAACGACUCCAUUCCAUCCAACGUCAAAUUGCUCCCGUGGAUGCCUCAACAGGAUUUAUUGGGUCAUCCGAAAAUCCGUCUGUUCAUCACCCACGGCGGAUUGUUUAGUAACCAAGAGGCCGUCUACCACGGCGUCCCACUUAUCGUUAUGCCCAUCUUUGCCGACCAGCCCAUAAACGCCCAAAAGGCUCACGACGCCGGGUACGCCAUUCGUGUUGAUUUGGACAGUGUGACGGAAGAGAUUCUAUUUGACGCCAUCCAGCGGAUCCUUACAGAUCCCAAAUAUGCUGAGAAAAUGAAUCAAGUAUCGGCCCUGGCACGCGAUCAAAUGGAAAGUCCACUGGACCGGGCCGUCUACUGGAUUGAGUACGUCAUCCGGCAUCAGGGCGCACCUCACCUUCGUAUUGCUUCGCGCAAACUUUCCCUUUUCCAGCGCUAUCUCUUCGACGUUUUAUUCUUUGUCUUGUUUUCGGCGCUUUCGUUUUUCUUUCUAGUCUUUUACCUCUGCCGGAACAUCAUCUGUUCGAAUUGCCGGGUGAAAAUGAAUGGCCAGAAAAAAAAGACGAAUUGAUUUCUGCAUGUUUUGCACUUUCACUGUUGAAACUCCAACUGGCCGGCCCUGGCGACCCGAGCCUCUUAUUAAUUGGUCUAAAUUUAUUCAGACGUCUUAAAAGAAUGUUCCGUUAUUACUUUUAAUGAUUUUGUAGAAAUUCUAAUUGUUUUCAUUCACCAAUUAAAUACAAUGGUAUAAAGAUCA